CCCUCCUCCCGCUGCCCGCCCCCGGCGAGCCCUUGGGCUUCGCGGACGCGCGCAUCUGGCGCGCACGGGCGGGGGCGGAGCUCGGAGAGGCUGCGGGAUCGCCGGACUCCCUCCCGCCGGCGCCGGCCGCCCGGGGUGGACGCGGAGCCAUGGGCCGCCUGCGCCGGAGGACGGCGGCGCUGCUGCUCGUACUGCUGGCAGAGUGCUCAGAGGCUAAGAAACACUGCUGGUAUUUUGAAGGACUUUAUCCAACAUAUUACAUAUGCCGUUCCUAUGAGGACUGCUGUGGCUCCCGGUGCUGUGUGCGUGCCCUCUCCAUACAGAGGUUGUGGUAUUUCUGGUUCCUCCUCAUGAUGGGGGUGCUCUUCUGCUGUGGGGCCGGCUUCUUCAUCCGGAGGCGCAUGUACCCCCCGCCACUGAUUGAGGAACCGGCAUUCAAUGUGUCCUACACACGACAGCCCCCCAACCCUGGCACAGGAGUCCAGCCACAGCCACCGGGGCCACCUUAUUACACUGAUCCUGGAGGACCUGGUAUGACUCCUGCCGGGAACACCUUGGCCAUGGCCUUCCAGGUCCAGCCCAGCUCACCCCAGGGAAGCUCAGCCUACCCACCCCCUCCUUCCUAUUGCAACACGCCCCCACCCCCAUAUGAGCAGGUGGUGAAGGCCAAGUAG